AUGACAGGUCGAGAUUGUAGCUUCACAUCAGAUGAGCAAACAUCAUCAGCUUCGGAUAAAUCGUCUAGAGAGAAGUUGUUCCCAUCCUCAACGAGCACUACGUCAGCGACAGAGGUCACCACACCAAACAGCCAUGACACGUCUUUCGACAAAGCGGUCAACAUGGAGCACAUGGAACUCUUUGUGCAUCUCGUCACAACCAGGGAUCUAUUCAGUUUAGGCGACAACGUCGAUGACUAUCAGUCUACCUUUGACAUCUGUCUCAAAGAAUCUGUCAAGGCACAUUAUCUUCUACAUCAAAUGUUGGCAUUUUCAGCACGCCACCUAGCGUCGGUACAUCCGGACCGUGCAUCACACUACCUUGAACAAGCUGUCAGUUUGCAAACAAGAGCUGUCUCUUUGUUUAACGAGACUAGGAGGGAAGUUGAUUCUUCUAACUGUGUCGCCAUUCUUCUCUUUUCUGUUACACUUGGUCAUCACCUAUUAGCUGAUGCUUUGAUGUAUCGUGGCCCGGAUGGUCUUGAUGGAUUCCUAGCGCAAUAUGUACGAUGUGUGGACUUGAACCGAGGUAUAUACAACGUCGUCGUCUCUGCUUGGCAUCUACUCGCCGAUUCUGAGCUUGAAGCCGUUUUGUCAUGGAGUAGAAGGGAAUCAGCAAAAGAGCCACGAGGAACUAAAUGCUUACCUAUUAUCAAGUUGAUAGCCGAUUCGACAUCUCUCACGGAUGGAGAAAAGCGAGCAUGUCGGCUUGCUAUUGAUUACCUCCAACUUGGAUUCGACGCGAUAUCUUCCGAGGAAAAGGGCUCUCGGUAUCGUAUGAUCUUUCAAUGGACAAUGUUGGCGUCUCCAGAUUUUACGACUCUUUUAUCAGCGAGAAAGCCUGAAGCUCUGAUUCUGUUGAGUUAUUAUGCAUUACUACUACAUCACGGAAGGAAAUUGUGGCAGAUUAGAGACACAGGGAUGUAUCUAAUGGGUCUCAUUACUGAUCAUCUGCCAUCAGAGUGGCAUUUUUGGCUCGAGUAUCCCCGCAGUAUAUUAUCCCUCGAGAUGUUAUAG